GCAGGCAUGCCCCGGACGCUGAGUGCCUCCACCGUGGUCAGCCCUGGAAGCCGCAGCCCACCCCCCACGGAGCCCACAGAUGGCGAACAGGCCGGGCAGCCCCUCCUGGACGGAGCUCCAUCCUCCGCCUCCCUGGACACCCUGAUCCAGCACCUGGUACCCACAGCCGACUACUACCCCGAGAAAGCCUACAUCUUCACCUUCCUGCUCAGCUCUCGUCUCUUCAUCGAGCCCCGGGAGCUCCUGGCCCGAGUCUGCCACCUGUGCAUCGAACAGCAGCAGCUAGACCAGCCAGUGCUGGACAAGGCCCGUGUCCGGAAGUUUGGUCCCAAACUGCUCCAGUUGUUGGCUGAGUGGACAGAGACCUUCCCAAGGGACUUCCAGGAGGAGGCAACCAUUGGACACCUGGAAGACGUGGUGGGACGCAUCGCCCCCUGCGAUGAGGCAUAUGGAAAGAGGAUGCACCAGCUACUGCAGGACUUGCACCAGAAGCUGGCAGCCCUGGGCCAGGGGACCGAAGGCCUGCUGGGCAUUGACAAGCCCAUUUCCUACAGGACCAAACCGCAGGCCUCCAUCCACAGGGAGCUCCUUGGGGUCUGCAGCGACCCCUACACGCUGGCCCAGCAGCUAACUCACGUGGAGCUGGAACGGCUGCGUCCCAUCGGGCCGGAGGAGUUUGUCCAGGCUUUCGUGAACAAGGAUCCCCUGGCCAGUACCAAGCCCUGUUUCGGUGACAAGAGCAGCAACCUAGAGGCCUACGUGAAGUGGUUCAACAGACUCUGCUACCUGGUGGCCACUGAGAUCUGCAUGCCAGCCAAGAAGAAGCAGAGAGCCCAAGUGAUUGAGUUCUUCAUCGAUGUGGCCCGCGAGUGCUUCAACAUUGGCAACUUCAACUCCCUGAUGGCCAUUAUUUCUGGCAUGAACAUGAGCCCUGUCUCCAGGCUGAAGAAGACCUGGGCCAAGGUGAAGACAGCCAAGUUUUUCAUCCUGGAGCACCAGAUGGAUCCCACAGGGAACUUCUGUAACUACAGGACAGCCCUGCGUGGAGCAGCCCACCGCUCACUCACUGCCCACAGCAGCCGGGAGAAGAUCGUCAUCCCUUUCUUCAGCCUGCUCAUCAAGGACAUCUACUUCUUGAACGAGGGCUGUGCCAACCGCCUGCCCAAUGGACACGUCAACUUCGAGAAAUUUCUGGAACUGGCCAAGCAGGUUGGAGAGUUUAUCACCUGGAAACAAGUGGAGUGUCCUUUUGAGCAAGAUACAAACAUCACCCACUACCUGUACACUGCCCCCAUCUUCAGCGAGGAUGGUCUUUAUUUGGCUUCUUAUGAAAGUGAGAGCCCAGAGAACCAAACAGAAAAAGACAGAUGGAAAUCCUUAAGAUCUUCUAUUUUGGGAAAGACAUGAGUGGUGCUGAACUGAAGGAGGAGGAAGACGCGGAACCAGCAGAGGCCCAUAGGCGCCCCA